AUGGCGAAAAAUGACGCCUUAAUACAAAGUCAAGCAUCAACACUGGAAAAUCUGGAGAACCAAAUGGUUGCAUUACAAAGUGGUAAGAUUGUGGAACCCAGUGAGGUUGUGGUUGAAGAUGAGCCUACUGAAAAGGAGGAAAGUCAACCAACAGUUGAAGUUCCUACACCAAAAAAAUUAGAUGCUGAAAAAUCUGAUGAGCAACUACAUAUCAAUAUUUCAUUAGCAGAUGCUUUAGAACAAAUGUCCAACUACGUGAAGUUUAUAAAGGAUAUUCUAUCCAAGAAGAAAAAGCUUAGUGAGUAUGAGAUUGUUGCUUUGAUGAAGGAGUGCAGUGCGUUCUUACAAAAUAAGCUACCUCUGAAAUUGAAAGACCUUGAAAGCUUUAUGAUACCCUAUAACAUCAGAGAAUCUUACUGCAAUAAAGCUUUGUACGUCCUUGGAGCAAGCAUCAACUUGAUGGCCAAAUCUAUUUUCAAACUAUUGGGAAUAGGUGAAGUAAAACCCAUUACUGUGACACUUCAACUUGCAGACCGCUCAUUACCAUAUCCUAAGGGAAAGAUCGAGGAUGUUUAG